AACCACCGAGUGAUCAGUUCACACACUACAUCGCACGCUCAAGCAUUAUACUGCCUCUUGAAUUUUUACUCCGAAUCCUAGCACCGAGUACGAAUAGGAAACACACAGCAAGACAGCCAAGAUGUCGUGGGCAGGAUUCAAGAAGAAUGUCAACCGCGCGACGACGCAGGUGAUGAUGAAGACUGGUCAUGUGGAGAAGACCAACGACCGCGACUACGAGGUGGAAGAGAGACGAUUCAGAACCAUGGAGACGGCUUCCUUACGGUUGCAGAAGGAGGCAAAGGGCUACUUGGAUUCAUUGCGAGCCAUGACUGCUUCCCAGAUGCGCAUUGCCGAGACGAUAGACGCCUUUUACGGAGACUCUGGAGCGAAGGAUGGCGUGAGCAGAAGUUACAAGCAGGCGGUGGAGGACCUUGAUGCCGAGACCAUCAAGGCGCUGGACGGUCCUUACCAACAAACCGUCCUCGAGCCUAUCUCACGCUUCUGCGCCUAUUUCCCAGACGUAAAUGAAUGUAUCAAGAAGCGCGGCCAUAAGCUCCUUGACUACGAUGCCCUACGUGCCAAGGUCAAGAAGCUCGUCGAGAAGCCCGACAAGGACGUGACCAAGCUGCCCCGCGCGGAAAAGGAGAUGGAGAUGGCCAAGGCCGCCUACGAGCAGCUCAACGAGCAGCUGUCGUCAGAACUGCCCCAGCUCAUCGACCUCCGCGUGCCGUAUCUCGACCCCACCUUUGAGGCCCUCGUCAAGAUCCAGCUGCGCUUCUGCGCCGAAGCGUACAGUCGCAUGGCGCAGGUGCAGCAGUACCUAGACGCGGAUACGAGAGAACAGUAUGCCCAGGGCCAGCUGGAUCAGCGCGUCGAGCAAGUACUGCAGGAGAUUCGCGAGCUCAGCAUCAGUGGCACGGUAUGAGCGAUGCGAUUUCUGUUUGGUCGCUUUUGACGUUUAAAUAUGGGUGAUUGGGUUUCACUCAAAGAGUCUGCUGGUAAUGGGAGGGGAGUUUUUACACGAGCAUGGUCUAGGAAGGGGUUGAGGCUUUUGGGGACCGUAAUAGAAAAGACACGCAGCCCCCUAGACUUUGCGAGUCACGAUGGAGGGUUCUUGGGAAGAAUCACCAAGUCCCAUGACGACUUUGCAUUCAUGUAUGAAAAAUGACUUUCUUUUCUUUCUUAAUCAAGGG